GGGGCGUGAGCCGCGGCGGAGAGGGGCGCCCGGGAGCCGGGGGCCGCAGCGGAGCCAGCGGGCGCACCCGUGGGCGUUGGCCGCCGCGAUGUCUGCUCGGUGCUGUGCGGGCCAGCUGGCCUGCUGCUGUGGGUCUGCAGGCUGCUCCCUCUGCUGCAACUGCUGCCCCAAGAUCCGACAGUCCCGGAGCACCCGCUGCAUGUACGCCCUCUACUUCAUCCUGGUCGUCAUCCUCUGCUGCAUCAUGAUGUCAAAAACUGUGGCCAACGAGAUGAAAGAGCACAUUCCUUUUUUUGAAGAUAUGUGUAAAGGCAUUAAAGCUGGAGACACCUGCGAGAAGCUGGUGGGGUAUUCUGCAGUGUACAGAGUCUGUUUUGGAAUGGCCUGUUUCUUCUUCAUCUUCUGCCUACUGACCUUGAAAAUUGACAACAGCAAAAGUUGUAGAGCUUAUAUUCACAAUGGCUUUUGGUUCUUUAAACUUCUGCUGUUGGGGGCCCUGUGCUCUGGAGCUUUCUUCAUUCCAGAUCAGGAGACCUUUCUGCACGCCUGGCGCUAUGUGGGAGCCGUUGGAGGCUUCCUCUUUAUAGGCAUCCAGCUCUUCCUGCUCGUGGAGUUUGCACAUAAGUGGAACAAGAACUGGACUGCAGGCACAGCCAGUAACAAGCUGUGGUACGCCUCUCUGGCCCUGGUGACGCUCAUCAUGUAUUCCGUUGCCACUGGAGGCUUGGUUUUGCUGGCAGUUUUCUAUACACAAACAGACGGCUGCGUGGAAAACAAAAUUUUCCUGGGAGUCAAUGGAGGCCUGUGUCUGCUUAUCUCUGUAGUAGCCAUCUCACCCUGGGUGCAAGAGCGGCAGCCGCACUCAGGGCUCCUGCAGUCAGGGCUCAUAAGCUGCUAUGUCGCCUACCUCACUUUCUCAGCCCUGUCCAGCAAACCUGUAGACGUAGUUCUAGAUGAGCAUGGGAAGAAUGUUACCAUCUGUGUGCCCAGCUUUGGUCAAGACCUGUACAGAGAUGAAAGCUUGGUGACUGGGCUGGGUACUGGUCUGUUGAUCGCAUGCAUCAUAUAUUCAUGUUUGACAUCCACAACAAGAUCAAGUUCUGAUGCCCUGCAGGGGCGCUACGCAGCUCCUGAACUGGAAAUAGCUCGGUGCUGUUUUUGCUUCGAUCCCAGUGUCGACGACACUGAAGAACAGGAGCAGGUAAAGGAGGGACCAAGAGUCAUUUACGAUGAGAAGAGAGGCACCGUCUAUAACUAUUCCUACUUCCACUUCGUGUUCUUCUUGGCUUCCCUCUAUGUGAUGAUGACUGUCACCAGCUGGUUCAACUAUGAAAGCGCCCACAUCGAAGCCUUCUUCAGCGGGAGCUGGUCCAUCUUCUGGGUCAAGAUGGCCUCCUGCUGGAUCUGUGUGCUGCUGUACCUGGGGACGCUGGUCGCUCCUCUCUGCCGUCCUACCCCGCACUUCUCCGUGUGAGGACGUCGGCAGCGCCCUUGGCUCGGCAGGCCUGCAGCCGUGCGAAGACAUCCUUUGCACAGUGUCCCGGGGGUGUGAGCAGUGACUGGUGCCCUGUGUUUGAGUGGGUCUGAAAAGGCUUUCAGAAAAAAAUCUCCUGAUCCGCUUUUUAAUUUUUAA